GUAGCCGGUGUGAGUACAGAGGGUAUUGGGGGGGCUUAGCCCCCAAGGAAGAGGACCAGUCCUCCCCCAGCACCACCAUCAAGACCCCAGGGGCUCCCUCUUCCCUCCACAGACUGUGGACUGACUUAGGGAAUCCCAAACGAUGACAGAAAAGGAGGUGCUGGAGUCCCCUAAGCCCUCCUUGCCAGGAGAGACUCGGCAAAGUGGGCUACAGCGGCUGAAGCAGUUAUUCAGGAAGGAGUCUCCGGGAACAAAGGAAAUGGAGCUUCCCCCAGAGCCCCAGGCCAAUGGGGAGGCAGUGGGAGCUGGUGGGGGGCCCAUCUAUUACAUCUAUGAGGAAGAAGAGGAAGAAGAGGAGGAGGAGGAGGAGCCCCCCCCAGAACCUCCUAAGCUUGUCAAUGACAAGCCUCACAAAUUCAAAGAUCAUUUCUUCAAGAAGCCCAAGUUCUGUGAUGUCUGUGCCCGGAUGAUUGUGCUCAACAACAAAUUUGGGCUUCGCUGUAAGAACUGCAAAACUAACAUCCAUGAGCACUGUCAGUCCUACGUGGAGAUGCAGAGAUGUUUCGGCAAGAUCCCCCCUGGUUUCCAUCGGGCCUAUAGCUCCCCACUCUACAGCAACCAGCAGUACGCUUGUGUCAAAGAUCUCUCUGCUGCCAAUCACAAUGAUCCUGUGUUUGAAACCCUGCGCACUGGGGUGAUCAUGGCAAACAAGGAACGGAAGAAAGGCCAGGCAGAUAAGAAAAAUCCUCUAGCAGCCAUGAUGGAAGAAGAGCCAGAGUCUGCCAGACCAGAGGAAGGCAAAACCCAGGAUGGAAACCCUGAAGGGAAUAAGAAGGCUGAAAAGAAGACACCUGAUGACAAACACAAGCAGCCUGGCUUCCAGCAGUCUCAUUACUUUGUGGCUCUUUAUCGGUUCAAAGCCCUGGAGAAGGACGAUCUGGAUUUCCCGCCUGGAGAGAAGAUCACAGUCAUUGAUGACUCCAAUGAGGAGUGGUGGCGGGGGAAAAUAGGGGAGAAGGUUGGAUUUUUCCCUCCAAACUUCAUCAUUCGGGUCCGGUCUGGAGAGCGUGUGCACCGCGUGACCAGAUCCUUCGUGGGAAACCGCGAAAUUGGGCAGAUCACUCUCAAGAAGGACCAGAUCGUGGUCCAGAAAGGAGAUGAAGCCGGCGGCUACGUCAAGGUCUACACCGGCCGCAAGGUGGGGCUGUUUCCCACCGACUUCCUGGAGGAGAUUUAGGCGUGCCGGCGCCUGCGGACGGGAUAUACCCAGGCCCCAUUCUGGGCAGGCCCAGUGGAGGUUGGGGAGGAAAGGGGCGAAAGCAACUAUGCUGGAUGGGGGAGGGGAGGGAAAGCCCGCCGGAGCUAGACGGGGCUUCGGGUUAGGGACUGGUUCCUGCCCCCCUCCCCCGGCCUCGGCCUUUGGAUACCUGGCGGGCAGAGCCGCCUCACCUGCAACUCCUCAGGCCCAGCCCUUGAGAGCUGGAAGAAGAAGAACGCGUCUCCACCAGGAGGCGCCCCGGGGGUGUGGGAGGAGAACGGUCGAACGCUGCGACUGUAUUAAAGUUUUGAAAAAAGUUA